AUGUCGGGCCGUGUGAUGGACAUGGCCAUUGCGCAUGUGGGGGGCAAGCAGUGGAGCCUGCAAUAUCUACAGGAGCCACGAUGUGGACCCUGUGCACCAACCUCUCCCCUUAGCCUGACAGACUUCUUGCAGGGUGCUUGCAGGCCACUGAAGAAAGGCGUCAAGUCUGUCUCGGUACUCUUUGAUGCCCACAUUGCCCUGCCUGAGUUCGGUGGGGUUCCUGCAGUUGGUGAAAUGUUUGCCUCAAACCGUCUACAAGAACUGCCUGCAUCCAUCAAGCUCCGAUCACCCAUCCCAUCAAGUACCAAGGUUGACGUGAUCAUCUACAACUCUGGCGAUGGCUGCAUGGAUGUGCUCAAGGUGCUCUACUUUGAGGAGCCUCUGCCGUAUCAGCAAGCUGUGUCUCUAUGCAGCGGGCAAGCUCAUGUCCCUGUCUUCCGUGCUGGUCCGUGGAACAUCAAGAAGGGAGUGCAGUGGCUACUGGGUCGUCUUCCUGGAUACCAAGUACGCUGGCAGAACCUCCAGGAAAAGGCGCCAGAGCAGCUUCAAAGAAUGAACUCGCAAUCAUCCUGGAGCCCGCCUACAGAGGAGCUGGCGGAGGGAAUUGCUUUCAUCAACGACAACGCUCCAGAAUGUGAUGCUCGAAAUGAGCAAACGUUCUGGAUCCUCACCAAUAUCAAAGACAGCACCAAUACGCCAAUCUCAGGCUGGCCAGAGGCCAAAGUGCGAGCUAUGGCGCAGAAUAAGAGCAAGGGGCUGGCUGGUGCGCAGCCCAUGAGCCAGUUCCCUCUUCAGACCUACAGCCUGAAGCCCAUCUUGCACGAGGUCCUUCUGCCCUUGCUCUAUCCGAUGUUGAUGAGCUUCGGGGUUAUCAUGCUCGGAUACCCGGGAGUUGGCAAAACCCCAGCCUUGAUUAUCAUGGCCAUGGCAAUGGGCCGCUUCCAUGUGCGGCGCCUGGGUCUCGAAGGGGUCCUGCCCGGAUGGCGGCGUGCGAAAUCCUUGGACAACUUCCGACACAGGGUGCCGCAAGUGCAGGAGGCCAUCUUUCUGGACGACCCAUCUCGUGACAAAAUCUCUGCUGCUGAUCUCAAGAGCUUCAUGACUGUAGAUGAGGAUGGCACCUGCGAUGGGAGAUACAAUGACACGAGGCUUGUGCGCAACCAAAUGCGGGCGUAUGCCUCCAAUGAUCUCGCAAAGGACACCUUUGAUGGCAAUGCCUCGGACACAAGCCUCGAACCCAAGAAGUUCCUGGAGCUUCUCCGAUAUCUUUUCGCAGGAGAUUCUGAAAAAGAUACCCUAGCUGUCUUGAAGAGGGCGAUCGUCUUUGCCUUCGCUGAGUCGGCUGUGUACCUUCGGCUGCCCUCGGAGAAAUCGGAUGCCGUCGUCCACCGCAUCUGUGUCGAUGAUCUGCAUCGAGACUUGCUGUCCGAGCGAGACAAGCCUCUGUACGCGAAGUACAAGGUGGGUGUCUAUGACACAGAUCAGUACUUCGAAGAGGAAGUGGCCAGGGAGCAGUCGAUGAUCGAUGAUGCUGUGGCCAAAAUGUCGGACUUUCCCAGGCUGGCCGACUAUGUUGAACAUGCCAAUGACAAGAUUCAGAGCUACCUCUUCAGGCGCACAGCCUUCGACUGGGAUCGCAUCCCGCAGCCUUCGCCAAGUUCAUCUGAAGGUGAGAAACGAGCCCAACGUGCUCAGCCAUCCCCUCUCUGCAUUGGCACCAAGCCUCGAGCCAAUCGUAUUCGGUCGGCUUUCGUGUACCCUGACAACAAGAAGCGUCGCUUUCGAGAGAAGACCACGCCAACUCCCACACAAGAACAUGGUCCUGAAGAGGAAAACAGCUGCAUGGAUUUCGAGGCGGCUGGCCCUGAAGAGGAGAACGGCUCCGCGCAGACGGAUUUCGAGGCGGAUGAGGAAGUCGCAAAGUCCCUGCAUAAUUAG